AUGGUGCACGGCAAGCAUGUACAUCUGACCCGUCGGGAACGGCAGAUCAUGGAUGUCCUCUACGCACAGGAAGAAGCCAGUGCGGGAGAUAUACAGCAACAGAUUCCGGAUUCGCCCAGUUAUUCCGCGGUGCGAGCGUUAUUGCGCAAAUUAAUCGAUAAAGGCCACAUCGAAUUUCGAGCGGAUGGCGCCCGUUAUGUUUAUCGCCCGUUGUUACCUAAAGCAGACGCCAAAGACAGUGCCAUCACACGCCUGGUGAACACAUUCUUCAACGGCUCCAGAGCCAGCGCGGUUGUGAACCUGCUCGGGGAUGAAGGCGGUAACCUGUCGGCGGAUGACAUCGAAGCCAUUAAGCUCAUGAAUCUGGAACUGCUGCAUGGCGUUCUGGCGGCACAGGAAUGGCUGAGUCUGCGUGAAGUGUUGCGUUUGUUAUUGUUGUCCACGUUGCUGUCGAUCUGGUGUUGUGUUGCAUUUCCUGCAAAUGCAUCAAGCCGACGCGUGCUGCUGUUGACGGCGAUUGUGUCAAUGGCGCUGCUACCCUGGCUGCUGCGAUCUAUUAACCUGCAGUGGCAGCUGCCGGUAGACAUCCUGCCGCCAUUUCACCUCGAGCUGGGUAUACCGAACCUGCUGGUGUUUAUCUGGCUGUCGGUUGCGGUUUUUCUGAUGGCUCGUCAUCUGUAUCGUGUUCGCAGUGAGCUCAUGCGGGUUGCCGCUUUACCUGGCGUUUGUGACCCAGCGCUGCGCAGUGAAAUCGAUGGGUUACACGCAGCGCUUUUACCUAACUACCCUAAUCUGCCGAUGCCCGAAGUGCGCCUGGGUGAGCAGGCCUGCGCAACAACAUUAAGGGGGGCGCUGCUUGUAUUGCCGCACAACUGGCCAACGUUCAGUGCCGACACUCGUCGCAGUAUUUUGGCCCACGAGUUAACCCACAUCGCCAGAGGCGACGAUCGCUGGUUGCUGGUGUUGCGAUUAUUGCUGCUCAGCUACUGGUGGAUGCCCUGGUUAAGAAAGCUGCAGCAGGUGUAUGUCCAGUCGAUGGAAGAAAGCUGCGAUGAUAUUGCCAGUGAACUCAUUGGUGCUCAGCACACCUACGCCCAUGCGCUGUAUGAAGUUGCACUUAACCGUUCACCGAUCAGACCAGCGGAACAGCACCAAAUGUAUCUGGCCCAUAUUCGUGGUCAUCACCUGACCGCCAGAGUGGCUCGUUUCGGUCAUCGCCGGGCACUCGAACUGGAUACCGCCGGUGUGUUCUGGACACUCAUACUGAUUACCCUGUUGGUCGUCUGGAUUUCUGGGGUACAGCCCGUGAUUGUGGACAAAGACCGUAGUCCUCUCAACUCGGCGCAGAUCUAUCAGCUGUCUGUAUCAACACCGACUGUGCCUUCGUUGUAUCCGCUUGUUACGGAACAAGGUGCUGCCGCGCAGAUCAACAGCCAACAAGUGUGGCGAUUGCAGAAUCCGGUGGAGCAGCCUCGCGCGCAUCAUCAGGACCGCUACGGCUUCGCACAAAGUGCGCUGCGAGCCAGCCGUUACCCACCGAUUUAUAAAGUGAUGGAUAUACAAAGCAACCCUGUUGCCAUGAGACGCGCCAUUGAUGCGCGCAGAUUGAACUUUUCGCCGCAUGUAAAAGCCGUCAGAUACGAGCAGAGGUUUUUCUUUCGUAUCGGCAGGCGUCCGUAA